CUCUUCAGGAAAUUAGCUGGAGACAAAAAUCAAGGGAGGUUUGACUUAAGCUGGGGGAUCAGAAUUCAGGAUUCUUCCAUAAAAUGGCUAGCUUUUGUAGGAAAAUGAACUUCAUUUGGAGGAUUAAGAUCAACAAUACAAUGGUUGAAGGAAUGGAUAAUAUCGCUCAAGGGGUGGUGGAGUUUUAUUCCAAUCUUUUCCUUGAGGAAUACCAGACUCGUCCCUUCCCCAGCAACUAUAAUCCUCCAUGCUUGAACUCUGCAGAAUCUGCAUCUCUUGAAAAGCCCUUCACAGAGGAAGAAAUAUGGGAGUGCCUCUCUGAUAGUGAUGGUACCAAGGCGCCCGGGCCGGAUGGGUUCUCUUUUGAAUUUUAUAAGAGAUGCUGGAACUUUGUCAAGAUUGAUGUUCUGAAUUGCUUCAGUGAAUUCUUCGCUACUGGCAGGCUGCCCAAGAUUGCUACUCAUUCAUUUAUUUGCUUGGUUCCUAAGAAAGGCGCUACUGAAGAUAUUAAGGAUCUUCGUCCCAUUGGUUUGAUGGGAAGCGUGAACAAGUUUAUAUGCAAAGUGCUCUCCAAAAGACUAGGCCAGGUUCUCCCCGCUGUUGUCUCGGUUUCCCAACAUGCUUCAGUUCGAGGUAGACAAAUUUCGGAGGCUGGAUUAAUUGCAAAUGAGCUUGUUGACAGCAGGAGGAGGAGCAAGAAACCGGGUCUUCUAAUCAAACUCGACAUCGAAAAGGCUUUCGACAACGUUAGUUGGAGCUGCCUCUUCACCGUCUUGGCAAGAUUGGGUUUUAAGGAGAAAUGGAGGCAAUGGAUUCUUGGUGCGGUUUGCUCCCCUACUAUUUCAGUGUUGAUUAAUGGUGAAUCGAAAGGAUUUUUUACAGCGCACAAGGGGCUUCGCCAGGGGGACCCUUUGUCCCCAGGGCUGUUUGUUCUGGUUAUGGAUAUCCUCUCAUUUAUGCUGUCCAAACUCAAAGAAGAUGGUAAAAUUAAAGGUUUCUUUAUGAAUGAAGAGGAGCAACGGGGAGAAGUAACUCACUUAUUGUUCGCCGACGACACACUCAUCUUCUGUGAUGCUUCUCCCGACCAGAUUCUCCACAUCAAAGCCACUCUUGCUUGCUUUCAGGCGGUCACAGGAUUAAAGAUCAAUCUAGACAAGAAAGUCAUUUACACGGUUGGAGAUGUUCCCGAACCUGAGUUUUUUGCUAACAUUCUUGGCUGUAAUUGGAGUUCCAACCCUCCUAAAUACCUUGGCUACCCGCUUGGGGCUAAGCUUAAUGUCAUCUCUUUUUGGGAUCCGAUUCUUUUGAAUUAUAAGAAGAAGCUGGAAAGCUGGAGCAGUAGGUACCUCUCGGCGGGGGGGAGACUGGUUCUCCUCAAGUCAGUGCUUUCAAAUCUCUCAGGAUAUUACUUCUCGCUCUUUAAAGCUCCAAAGAAGGUGAUCGAGGAUAUGGAGAAAGUGCAGCGGAAGUUCCUAUGGAGUGGGGUUGGGGAUAAGAGGAAAACCCCUCUGGUCGAGUGGAUGAUUUGCAAAUCGAACAGAAACAACGGGGGUCUGGGAAUUAGAGAUCUAGCCACUUUCAAUAGUGCGAUGCUAUGCAAGUGGUUAUGGAAGUACGGAGUCAACAGCAAUGGGUGGUGGAGGACUCUCAUAGACAUUAAAUAUUCCAAAGGUAAAUCUCAAUGGCACACUGGUGGAAGUCGAGGGGGCAGCUCGAGCUCCGUUUGGGUCACUAUCAUGAAAGAGGCUGAGUUGUUUUGGAAUCUUGCUCAGGUGGAGCCUGGAAGCGGUGCUUUUGUCUCCUUCUGGUAUGAUCGGUGGAUCUCGAACCCAUCUCUUGCGGUUAACUUCCCUCGAAUAGCAGCUGUUACCACUGACUUGGAUGCUAGGAUCAACGACAUCGUGGAACUCUCAGGUGAUAAUGUUUCUAUUCAGUUACAUACUAAUAUUGACUUGAGAAGGGGUGCUGAGCAGGAGAGGCAUAAUUUGAUUUCGCUUCUUAAUUCCUAUAAUUUCAUUAUCGGUGCCAAUAGUCCGUGCAGACUCGUGUGGCUUCCUGACCAAGAGGCUGGCUUUUCGGUCAAAUCCAUGUACAGAACUUUGCUUGAGGACAGGUGUCCAGGAGUUCCCCAUUUCCCUGCUGAAUCUGUUUGGAGGAAAAUCGUACCUUCAAAGAUUUGCAUCUUCAUUUGGACAGUGGCGCACAACAGCAUCCUAACGCAAGACAAGCUGCAAAAACGUGGUUGGAAUUUGGCCAAUAGAUGUGACCUGUGCUACAUGAAUGAAGAAACGACAGCCCAUUUACUCGCUGACUGCAAUUUCACCAAGCAAGUCUGGAGCAUCAUCAGGAGAAGCUGUAAGCCGUCAGUCUUCCCUUCAGGCAACGAUCUCGACUCUAUUUUGAAGAAUUGGCCAACUGACACCCCUGAUUGUAUGGAAGACUAGUUUAUAUACUGUGCUUUCCACGCUGUUUGUUGGUGCAUUUGGCUGGAAAGAAAUAACAGAAUUUUUAAUGGUAUCUCGAGGAACCCGGAUCAGAUCGUUAGGAAAGUCUUGAAGAAUGUUGCAGGUUGGGGAGUUGCGAAUGGAAAGAUCGACUGUCUGGGGGCUGCUUCCUGGUUUCGGGAACGUAUUCGACAGAUUCAAUGAAUGAGGAAGUGCUGG